AAACGCCCCUGUGUGUUUUACCCACUUGCUGGCGCGUUUAAAUACGGAUGAAUUAUGUCCUCUUUGGCCUCCCAUAGAUUCGUGCGCUUUUGAAAACAAGAAAGCUGCUGUAGACGCUCAGCACAGGACAGCUGGAGCAGACUUAUUUACUGCCAGAGUCUGGACUUUACAUGAUGUAAGCCAAGUACUCAUGAGGUGGAACUAAUUCGUGCAUUACAACAAGACGUGCAUGAAACAGUUGUAAAUCCGUGUUUGGCCGAGGCUCUGCAGACUCGACUGGGUGCUAUUGACCAUGGAUGUUUCAAAGAAAAGCGAGAAAGAGAAUCCGUUGGCAUCGGCCAGUCUGCUUUCCAGGGUCUUUUUGUGCUGGAUUGGUCCACUCCUGAACCUUGGCUACAAAAAGAGACUGGAGGAAAGUGACAUGUACAGGGUACUCCCAGAAGAUCAGUCUGAAAAACUUGGGGAGGAAUUACAAAGAUUUUGGGACAACGAAGUCCGAAAAGCCACCAAAGAACUCCAGAAGCCGAAACUCACCCGAGCCCUUCUUAGGUGUUACUGGAAAUCCUACUCAGGAGCGGGGUUGUAUGUGUUAAUCCUGGAGGCGAUCAAAGUGUUCCAGCCCUUUCUCCUUUGGAAAAUAAUCCAGUACUUUGAGAACUACGACCCAGACGACCACAGAAGUCUUUACCUUGUGUACUGCUACGCUGCCGCUAUGUCCCUCUCUGCCUUCGGACUCACCUUCCUCCAGCAUCUGCACUACUACCACGUCCAGAGAACGGGCAUGAAGAUCCGAGUGGCCAUGUGUCACAUGAUCUACAAGAAGGCUCUCGGCCUCAGCAGCGAAUCGAUGGGGAGAACGACCACCGGGCAGAUCGUGAACCUUCUGUCAAACGAUGUCAACCGUUUUGAUGAAGUUACACUCAACCUGCACUACAUGUGGGUGGGCCCUCUUCAAGCAGUGGUGAUCCUCGUAUACCUCUGGUACGAAAUCGGCCCCUCGUGUCUGGCAGGUAUGACGGCCAUUCUGCUCAUGCUGCCUCUGCAGACCUGGUUCGGAAAGCUGUUUGGCAUCUUCAGGAGCAACACAGCUGUGCUCACUGACAACAGAAUCCGCAUCAUGAACGAAGUCAUGUCGGGCAUCAGGAUCAUCAAGAUGUACGCGUGGGAGAAGCCAUUCUCUGCUUUGGUUACGGAAGUCAGACGUAAAGAAAUCCGUCAGAUCAUGAAGAGCUCCUACCUCCGAGGGCUCAACAUGGCCACCUUCUUUGGCAGCAGCAAGAUCAUCGUGUUCAUCACCUUCACCGUCUACGUUCUCCUCGGCAACGCCAUCACCGCCGGCAUCGUGUUUGUCACCGUGUCCCUGUACGGUACCAUCAAGCUCACGGUCACGCUGUUUUUCCCGCUGGCGGUGGAAAAGGUGUCAGAGACUAUCGUGAGCAUUCGCAGGAUUAAGAAUUUCCUCCUCCUCGAAAACGUCCAGAGGAGAAACUUUGAGUUACCUCUGGAGGAAAAGAAGGAGACGUGCGUGGAGAUUGAGAAGUUGACCUGCUACUGGGAUAAGAAUCUGGACGCUCCCUCUCUGCAGAACGUCUCUGUCACGGUGAAAUCACACCAGCUCCUGACCGUCAUCGGCCCAGUGGGGGCAGGAAAGUCGUCCCUGCUGAGCGCCAUCCUGGGGGAGCUGCCGCACGACACUGGGACGCUGAGGGUCAGAGGUAGACUGACGUACGCCGCCCAGCAGCCUUGGGUGUUCCCUGGAACCAUCCGCAGUAACAUCCUGUUUGGGAAAGAGCUCAACGUGAAGAAGUACGAGAAAGUGAUCAGAGCCUGCGCUUUGAAGAAGGACAUGGAGCUGCUCCCAGAUGGAGACCUGACGCUGAUCGGGGACAGAGGAGCUACUCUCAGCGGGGGACAGAAGGCUCGGGUCAACCUGGCCAGGGCGGUGUAUCAGGACGCAGACAUCUACCUCCUGGACGAUCCUCUAAGCGCCGUGGAUGCCGAGGUCGGGAAACAUCUUUACGAGCAGUGCAUCUGCGGCCUGUUGAAGAAGAAGAUCCGGAUCGUGGUCACCCACCAGCUGCAGCACCUGAGAGCAGCAGACCCGAUACUGAUCCUCAAGGAGGGUCACAUCAUUGCUCAGGGCUCUUACAACGAGCUGCAGGGCUCCGGUCUGGACUUUGUGUCUCUGCUGAGGAGCGACGAGGAGCAGGAGCGAGGCUCUCGGUCACCUGACACGGACAGACUUUCGCUGCGGAGCCACAGCUCUCUUUGCUCCUUCAACAGCCUCCUGCUACCUGAGAACAACAAGGCUGACCAGCUUCCUGCCGAAACAGUUCACACCAUGGCAGAGGAGACACGAGUCGACGGGAACGUCGGCGGACACGUUUAUCGUAAAUAUUUCUCCGCCGGCUGUCACCUUCUGGUGCUGGUGGGGAUCGUUCUGCUCAGUAUCACCGCAGAGGCUGCGUAUAUCAUGCAGGACUGGUGGCUGGUGUAUUGGACAAAAGAAGAGGCCUUGAACAUCACAACUGGCGCUGUAAGCAUCCGAAAUGACGUGAAUGGUACUCACUACCAUCCGGACGCAAAGCUCACAUUUUACCUCAGCAUAUAUUCAGGUUUGACAGUAGCCGCCGUGCUCUUCGGCUUCGCUCGGAGUUUGGUGAUCUUCCACGUGCUGGUGAGGGCGGCUCAGAAACUGCACAACAGCAUGUUCGAAGCCAUCAUCCGCACGCCUGUCCGCUUCUUUGACGUCAACCCUAUAGGAAGAAUUCUGAACAGAUUCUCCAAAGACAUCAGCCAGAUGGACUCCACGUUACCCAUCACCUUCGUGGACUUCUACCAAUUAAGUUUACAGAACAUCGGCGUCGUCGCGGUGGCGGCCUCGGUCAUCCCCCUGAUCCGUCCCGUCUUACCUCUGCUCCUCUUCUUCCUGUACAUGAGACGCUUCUACCUCAGCACAUCACGGGACAUCAAACGCCUCGAGUCUACAACUCGGAGUCCGGUGUACUCCCACCUGUCCUCGUCUCUUCAGGGCCUGUGGACGAUCCGAGCCCUCAAAGCCGAGGACAGGCUUCAGAAAGCAUUCGACGCGCACCAGGACCUGCACUCAGAGGCCUGGUUUUUGUUCCUGAUGACCUCCCGCUGGUUCGCACUUCGCCUCGACAGCAUCUGCUCUGUUUUUAUCACCUUUGCUUCAUUCGGUUGCAUCUUCCUCAGAGACGGGCUGAAUGCCGGGGAGGUGGGCCUGGUGCUGACUUAUGCUGUGACACUGGUGGGCAACUUCCAGUGGACGAUGAGGCAGAGUGCUGAGGUGGAGAACAUGAUGACGUCAGUGGAGAGAGUGGUGGAGUACACAGAGCUGGAGAGCGAAGCACCCUGGGAAACCCAGAAGCGCCCUCCCCCCGAUUGGCCCAGCAAAGGCCUGGUGACCUUUGACCAUGUCAACUUCUCGUACAGUCGGGACGGAUCCGUAGUCCUCAAAGACAUCAGCACCACCUUCCAACCUAACGAGAAGGUGGGGAUUGUGGGUCGAACGGGCGCAGGGAAAAGCUCCCUGGUGUCGGCUCUGUUCCGGCUGGCAGAGCCUCAGGGGAAGAUCUACAUCGACGGCAUUUUGACGACCGACAUCGGCCUCCACGACCUGCGCCAGAAGAUGUCCAUCAUUCCUCAGGUAGACAUAUUCUGACCCGUGCUGUUCACCGACACCGUGAGGAAAAACCUGGACCCGUUCAACCAGCAAACUGAUGAUGAUCUGUGGCGAGCUCUAGAGGAGGUGCAGCUGAAGUCUGUGGUGGAGGAGCUGCCCGCUAAGCUGGAGACGGUCCUUGCCGAGUCAGGCUCCAACUUCAGCGUGGGCCAGAGACAGCUGGUGUGUCUGGCCCGAGCCAUCCUGAGGAAGAACCGCAUCCUCAUUAUCGACGAGGCCACCAACGUGGACCCAAGGACGGACGAACUGAUCCAGAAAACCAUCCGGGACAAGUUUAGAGAAUGUACUGUGCUGACAAUCGCUCAUCGCCUCAACACAAUCAUAGACAGCGACAGGAUACUGGUGCUAGACAGCGGGACCAUCCAGGAGUUAGACAGCCCCUUCACGCUGCUGCAAAACAAAGAAGGUGCUCUCUAUAAGUUGGUGCAACAGACCGGCCAAGCUGAAGCAACAGCCCUGCUGGAGUCCGCCAGAAAGACAGUAGCGGGCCUGUCGAGGAGCCCUCAGGGAAAGUGUCGCUCGCCGAGGUAA